AUGUUUCUGAAGGGCCCGACGGAGAGUCGUUCUCCAAAUUCUGGUUUGGAUUCUUCAGUGUCAUCCCAGCCGCCACCACCUGCAGGACGACCGCUGAAUAGAGUUGAUUCACGAUCAGCUUUUCCAACGCAAUCACCGAGACCACUUGUAUCUCAGUCUCAAGUUAGACCUCAAUUUCAACCUGGAGGGCCUGUAACACCACCAUCACAAUUCGCGCCGAGAGUAGGAGCUCCACCACCUCGAGGUCCACCUCCAGGUCCGCCAGGUGCUCAACAAAUUCGACCUAAUCCUGCUACACUGCGGCCUUUGGGACCCCAGUCUAUUGCGCCUAAUCAGGGUUUUAGGCCGGCACAAAUACCACCAAACCAACCCAUACAACGAACCCCUCCACCAACCAAUCUACAGUUUGGUCCGAGACAGCCUACAGCUGGUACAGUUCUAACACCCGACGGCAUCAAGACUCUACAGCCAAACGGAACCAAUAAAAACGGAGCCGGACCUGUUCCAAGGCAGUCAUCUCAGGGCUCUUUAAAGGGCUUUGACUCAUCUAAUUCUCAUCAAACGAAACCAGUCAACCUGGAUACUCAAAGUGUUGCAGGUGAUAACCACAAUGAUACUAAAUCUGAAAAUGGAAUGGAAGGACCAGGAGUGGCUAAAGGCAGAAGCUAUAGUAUUGCAGCUGCUCCAGGAGCUCCAAGUCCAUUAAAAAUUGACGAUGAUCGUCGUAAAUCUGUCAGCGCUAUAGGGAGCAAAAUUGAUGAUUUCACUAGCCGCAGUCCUGGCUUGUCUUUAAUACAAGAAAGUAAAAUAAACAGCAAUGAAAGUAUCCGCGAAUCAAAAGAAAGUAUCAGGUCAGAAAAAUCAAACGAAGGUGGAAAAGAUGCUCCCGAUCGUCCAGAAUCACGUUUAUCGAGUUCAAAAAUGACAGAAUCUUUUAUAGAUGUCCUUCCAAGUGCAGCCCCAAUUCUAAAAAAGAAAUUAGAUGACAAUGACGAUGUAGUUUCCCACAAUAAUUUGUCAUCAGGAAAAGUUGUCAACGAUGCUCCGAAACUGAAGGAAGAUUUAUCCGAUCGGUCACCAUCUCUAACUCGGAGUGAUGAUUCUCCCGAACCUAAACUGAAACAAUCACCAAGUUCUGCAAUAUCCAACAAACCUAUUGGCGUAACUUCUGAAACUCAACAACCUAAAACUCCUAAGUUUGAGCAAAAAUUUGAUACAGGACUAGAUAACCGUAAGGAAACGAAUCCUACUGUAACACCGAAUAAAAUACUUACUUCGAAGUCUCCGGUAGUGGAUGCUAAGCCACCCACUCCGGUGCAGAAAAAACCAAAUGAAUUGAACACAGCUAUAGCUUCUUCAGAUGUGAAGAAAAGUACACCGCGAAAAACUGCAUCUGCCCCUAAAUCACGUCCUAAAGAUGGUGAUAAUGAUAGUGGUGUUGAUGAGUCUACCCAAGGCAAUGAUGUUAACGGGUCUCCUGGGUCACCAAAUAAGAAGAUUCCUAGUAAAUUACCUAUGAAGGAAAAAUCGAACAAUAGCAUAAAAACAAGCUUGUCAAGAUCAUCGAGCAAAAGUGCUACAGCGAAGACUCCUGAAAAUCCACCAUCAGCUGAAAAGAAAAAGGUGCCGAUGAAUAAAAUUCAAGUCGGUAAUGCCCCCUCACCUAAUAUUAAAACUGUGAAAUCAAAAAUUGGAUCAUUGGAUAAUGCAACUUACAAACCUGGCGGCGGGAAAGUUAAGAUCGAGAACAGGAAAAUAGAAUUUGGAAACGUCACUCCUAAAAUUGCUGCCAAAAAUGAUGCUUAUACUCCAGGCGGUAGUGCUAAAAAGAUUAUAACUACAAAAUUAGAGUGGAAUGCCAAGUCAAAGAUCGGGUCUCUUCAAAAUGCUGCCUACAAGCCAGGAGGUGGUGAUAAGAAAAUAGAAACAGUAAAAUUGGCCUUCAAAGAAAAAGCAAAACCGAAAGUUGCUUCAACAGUAAACAUCACACAUAAGCCUGGAGGAGGAGGUGUUAAGAUCGAAAACCAAAAAUUGGAUUUCAAAGCACAAAGUAAAGUGGGGUCAAUGGAUAACGUAAAACAUAAACCUGGAGGUGGUGACAUCAAAAUUUUUGACGAUAAAGAGUACAUCAAGCAGCUGAGCGGACAGUCCCCGGUGCCCGAUAAUCACGGCCACUCACGGCAGGAGAGCCCAGCACCACCGGCAACGGAAGCUCCAAAGUCGGAUGAGAAUUUGAAUCAGCAGCAAUGUUAA